UUCACUUUCCAAUUCCUUGGCCACCAUUCCUUUCCAAACAUCCAAGCGACACCACAGCUAAAGAAUUUCCAUUUCAAUUCUCUCUCUCUCUCUCACACACUCUCUCUCUCUCUCUCUCUUAUUCUUUUACAUAUGCAAGAUUUUGCAGCUAUAGAAGAAAAUCAAAGUGGGUCUUCUUUAUUCUUCUCUGCUUUUCCUUUGCUUUGUCCUCUGCCUGUUUCACUCUGAAGAAGCUUAAAUUUUGGGAUCGAAGAACCGGCUCAGAUAUGGAACCUGCAGUCCUGGACGGCAUAAUUGACAGGCUGCUUGAGGUUAGAGGGAGACCGGGGAAGCAGGUGCAGCUUUCUGAGGCAGAGAUCAGGCAGCUCUGUGUUGUCUCUAAGAAUCUCUUCUUGAGGCAGCCUAAUCUCCUCGAGCUCGAAGCACCCAUCAAGAUAUGCGGAGAUAUUCAUGGUCAAUAUUCUGAUCUUCUGAGGCUUUUUGAAUACGGUGGAUUUCCUCCUCGCUCCAAUUACUUAUUCUUGGGGGAUUAUGUAGACCGUGGAAAGCAAAGUUUGGAAACAAUAUGCCUUCUCCUUGCUUAUAAAAUAAAAUAUCCGGAGAACUUUUUCCUCUUGAGGGGCAACCAUGAAUGUGCUUCUGUAAACCGUAUCUAUGGAUUUUAUGAUGAGUGUAAACGAAGAUUUAAUGUCAGAGUCUGGAAAAUAUUCACAGAUUGUUUCAACUGCUUACCUGUGGCAGCACUCAUUGAUGAAAAGAUAUUAUGCAUGCAUGGGGGACUUUCUCCUGACUUGCACAAUUUGGAUGAGAUAAGGAAUAUGCAGCGGCCUUGUGAUGUUCCAGACAAUGGUUUGCUAUGUGAUCUCCUCUGGUCUGAUCCUAGUAAAGAUAUUCAAGGUUGGGGGAUGAAUGAUAGGGGAGUUUCCUAUACCUUUGGCGCUGAUAAAGUGACAGAAUUUGUUAAGAGGCAUGACGUUGACUUAAUCUGUCGAGCUCACCAGGUUGUGGAAGAUGGAUAUGAGUUCUUCGCUAAUAGAAAACUUGUGACCAUAUUUUCCGCACCAAAUUAUUGUGGAGAGUUUGACAAUGCUGGUGCCAUGAUGACCAUUGAUGAGACUUUAAUGUGUUCUUUCCAAAUAUUAAAGCCUUAUGAUAAGAAGCCAAAGUUUAGCUUCGUGAACACAGCUGCAGCUAAGCCUGGUGGUCCUGCAACAAAAAUAAAGUCGUUUCUCAGCGGCAAGGUAUGAGAAAUUCAAUAUAGUGCAAUAACCGAAGGAGGUAGCUGACUUAAUCUGCUGUCCGUUUCAUCUCAAUAUAAAGGAAGAUUUUAAAUUGGUGACUCCCUUAAGGUAAGGGUUGCAAAAGAUUUUCCCCAGAUGAAGUUUCAGGAGGCUGUGAUCUACUGUGUAGAAUACUAGUUGGAGCAGCACCAACAUAGGUCUCUCUCAUCCCUUUGCUUCUUCAGUUUAUAUUUUCUUGCAUCUUCUUUCCUUAAGCUGUUCUCCUUGUAUUAUAUAUUCACAGCAUGAAAAUUCCAAGGGAGCGUCUACACUUGAGAAUUGAAUAGCCCCAUGCUCAUAAACUUUACUAUUGAGAUGAGUCUGUGUUGCUCAUUGAAUUUAGAUGAGUAUUGUAAAUUCUCUUCAAGCAUUUUUUUUUUUUUCCUGGGUGAUUAUGAGGUUUUUGGCCAUGACAUAAGUUUAUAUUUCCAGUCCAUUUUAGAACACAAUGGGACAA